AAAACAUUGGGCAGCAUUCUAGAGCUUAAUUCUUGAUCUUUGUUGAAGUGUGUGGCAUUGAGAUCUUGUAUUGGGGGUCUAGGUUUCGACUGUAAGAGAGCUGAAAAAAGGUCGAAUAAUUUUUUUUUCUUUUAAAUGCAUUUUGAAGAAAUAGGUUGAUACUAUGACUUCAAAUUUUUAAUACAAAUGAUAAUUACUUACAACCAUUAUUGGCAGAGCAUGAAGUGACCUUGCAAAAUUUAGUUUGCUAUGAGUCCAUUUCCAACGUAAAGCAGUUCUUACAUAGCGAACAGGAUAAAAUAUCUCCACAAAUGUUGGACUCUGCUCUUAAGCAUGCAAUUACUUGUGGUCGCAAGAACAUGGCACAUUACCUCUAUAAGAAGAUUCCACUUGAUCAUUUUCUACGGGAAGACAGUGGCUUCUUCCUCCUCCAGCACUGUAUAACCAAGAGAACGUUUGCCAUACUACGCAAACUGGACAAGGAACCAUCACGCAAACUGGACAAGGAACCAUCACGCAAACUGGAUAUGGAACUAUAUAUACCACGCAAACCGGUUCUACCCCGCAUAUUACGCAUAGCGGCCAAACUAUUAAGCAUACCGAUUGGAGUACCUUUAUUGUUACUUGUAAUUCAAAAUUAUAAGCUGAAGUUGAUGGAUGAGUAUGCCCUUGAGGUUAUACGUUCCAUAUGUGGGUCAAUAUCAAAGUUAGAAGAUGAGAACCAAUUUGUGCAAAGUGGAGCAGUAGAAGCAACCUUUCAGGCUAUAAAGAAUGGCAUCCCUGAGAUUGCAAUUGAAUUAUUAAAAAAACGUAAUGAUAAUAUAUUAUUGAGGAGAACAGAUCCCGAGCAUUCAAGAAACAUGUUUGUACAUGCUGUAGCACAUCGUGAAGAGAAAGUCGCACGCUUUCUUUAUGAUGAAUUUGCUGAAACGAUGUAUACCAAUAUGGUUACUGUCACCGAUGAAGAUGGGAACAAUAUAUUACAUAUAGCUGCACGAUUAGCUUCUCAUUCUCAACUAGAUCACAUCCCCGGUGCAGUUUUGCAGUUGCAAAAUGAACUACACUGGUUCAAGUCGGUUGAAGGCAUUGUUCCACGGUUCUACAACAUGAAAAAUAAAGAUGGUGAAACUCCUACCCAAGUAUUUCUUAGAGAACACAGGAAUUUGCUGGAAGAAGCCGAAAGAUGGAUGAAAAAGGUGGCAGAAUCUUGUACAGUCGUAGGUGCUCUUGUUAUUACCACUAUGUUUACUGUAGCUUUUACUGUUCCUGGUGGAAACAACGAAGGGACUGGCUUCCCCAUUAUUUUGAACACAACGAUGAUCCAUCCUUCUGAAGUAUCGUUUGCAACACUGUUCAAAGUAUUUGGAGUAUCAGAUGCAAUUUCUCUUUUUGCUGCAUCCAGUUCAGUGUUAAUGUUUUUGGGGAUUCUCACUUCUCGUUAUACUUGUCAAGAUUUCCAUAUAUCCUUACCCAAGAAGUUGAUUAUUGGCCUUUCUUCGCUCUUCAUCUCCAUUGCAGCAAUGAUGGUAGCAUUUUGCGCUACUCUUGUCAUUAUGCUACAGGGUAAAAAGGAGAUACACAUCUUAAUCUCACUAACAUUGAUUGCCAGUAUUCCUGUCACUUUAUUUUUAUUGCUGCAAGCUCAUCUUCUUGUUGAGAUGUAUGGCUCAACUUUUCGCCCAGACAUCUUUAAUAGGAGAAGAUACUGGAAAUACAAAUACGAUGCGAAUAUAUGCUCAUGUUUCAAAAGGAGAUGGUGGUUCACAAUGAGGAAAAGGAGAUGGUGGUUCACAAUGAGGAAAAGAUGGAUGCUUGUGAGGUUGUGUGCUCUUGUUUUACUUUAUUUUAUUUCAUUUAUUGUAAUUUUUAUAAAUUAUACUGGCGAUAAGUGGUUUAAUUGACCGGAGGACUGUAUUAUAACGACAGAAAUUUGUAAUAAAUUUAAACACCUCUUUUACUCUAUAAACAGAGGAUGCAUCC